AUGACAGAGGAAGAGGCAGAGGAAAUUAAAAGAAAAUACAGGCUGCAAAAAGAAAGCAAAGAUUUUUUUUGCAACGACAAUGUCAGUCGUCAGGCUCCUGGAAAACGCGACGUUAAAUCUAUUCGGAAUGAUGUCACUGGUAAACGAGAAAAAAUUCCUAUCCGCUACAUGAUGAUGAACAUCGUUGAUGCUUUCUGCGAAUUUCAGAAUCAGCAUCCUAGUUUAAAAAUUUCCAGAGCUUACUUUUUUAAGUUUAGACCCAAAUUUGUUCUUCCCGCUAAACAAACCCCAUUUAAUACAACGCCGCAAGUCAGUUUCGGAACGAAUUUACAAUUUCAAAUUUGUGAAGAUUUAGGGUUUUCUUAUAUUGAAUGGAAUACUUUUGCUGCUUUGCACGGAAAAGGCGCGGUUGAUGGUGUUGGCGCGGCCGUAAAAAACGCGAUUUGGACUAAAGUGCGGUCUGAAAAUAUUAAUUUGCAUUCUGCUCGCGAUUACUAUUAUGCAGCUUUAAAAUACUGUCAAAAAACUAAUAUUUUUUUUGUCGAGAAAAAAGAAAUAACUGCAAAUUCAUCUAUUUUAAAUUUGCGUUUUAGAAAAUGUUUAAAAAUUGAAUGCAUCGACGAGGAGACUUCAAAUUCGAAGAAGCACAGGAUUAAGGUGGUAACAUUUGAUUCAGAUCAGCAAAAGAUGUGUGAUUCUUUGAGAUGCGACAAGAAAUAUAUUAACACAACCAGAGAUGACAGGGUGUUAAAAAGUGCCAACGCGUCUAAGAAAAUGCGCAAAUGA